ACAUACAUACAUACAUACAUAUAUACAUACAACACACAUAUAUAUAAUAUAUGUAUAUAGAUAGAUAGAUAUACACAGAUACGGCCAUCCUUUCCAUUUUAAUCUUCUUCCUCUAUUUUUUCAUCAUCAUUUUCUUUUACGUGUUUAAACAAGAGAGAACGAAUUUUACGCAAACGAUUUCGUUCGUAUAAAUAUAUAUAUAUAUAUAUAUAUAUAUAUAUAUAUAUAUCGUAGCUAUCGUCGUGCCGCUGCCUUACUUGACGCAUCGUCGAUGGACGUGAGCCGAUCUUAUGCGGAUCGAAAAUAUGAGGGAGGAGAGAGAGAAAAAGAGAGAGAGAGAGAGAAAUAGCAGACAGAGAGGGAAUAGCAAGCGUACCGAUUAUAAAAAGAAUCGUGCGAUUCGAUCAAAACGAAUCCUGGUGCGUGCUGCUCGUGUUACAGAGAGGAGGAAAAUAAGAGAGAAAAUGUAGAGUCGAGACGUUAUUAAAAAAUUCUACAUCGUAUUGUUCCGAGAAAAAUAAAACGCGUCCUCGUGAAAACGCGCACAAGGGUCGAUAAAAUCGUCGUUGCUACCGAACCGGUGCGCACACUAGUGAUUGAACCGGUCGAACAACGACGUCAGUGCCUUCUCUCUUCUUCCUCCUCCUCCUCCUUCUCGUCCUCCUCCUUCUCCUCCUCCUCUUCCUUCUCCUCGACACUCGCAGACCCGCUCGCCCGACAUUUGGCUUCGUUUUAUCUUCUCUCUCGCGAGUAUCUUUUUGUAUCUUUCUUCGUUUCGAAGGGAACGGACGAGAGCCAAGCGGCAGCGUGGUGUGUGCCGUGUGUCGUUGCAACGGUUGCCAUUUUAUAGCCGGUCGUGACUUUCAUUCGUACACGGCCCGCGUGGAGGGAGCGAGAGAAAAGAGAUAAAAAGAUAAAGAUAGAUAGGUAGAUAGAUAGAGGGAGAAAAAGAGAGAGAGAGAGUAGGUUAGUGUGCGUGGUAGGAAGCGCGAACGAUAUAGAACGAUACGAGUGGGUGAGAAGUUGCUUAUAGACGAAAUGAGUGAGAGAGAGAGAGAGAGAGAGAGAGAGAGAGAGAGAGAGAUUAAAGAAGAAGAAAAGGAAGAGAAAGAUCCGCGACAAGGUCUAGUGGGGAGAAGGGAAAAUACGUAGCGCGUGCAAAUGUUUCCCCUUGUGCGCCUUAGGACUUCUCGAAAUCUUCUUUAAAGCACUUACACCUAUAUUACGUGUAUAAAAUACACAUAAUUUUAGGAUAGAAUAUCGCGUGAUACUUUCAAAUAUUUACGAAUAAUACGACGAUGAUCUUUGUUCAAGAGACAUUGAUCAUGGAACUUAACGAUGUAGCAAGAUGGCUAUUUCUGAUCUAUGAGGCAACGUAUCAGAAAAGAAUUCGAAAAAUAACAAAAAAAGUAACAUACUAUAUAAAAUAACGAUAAUCUAUUCGGUGUCUUGUUAAAUUCGAAAAACUUUCGAUUAUCUCGUAAAUAAUAUACGUAACUACUUUAGGUACUACGUUUCGAAGAGAGAUCGUUAAUACACGCUCUUGUCACCUUGCUUUCUCGGUUGGGGGAAGGGGCUAUUAAGGGGUAAAAGACGCGCGUUGCUGCACGCUUUAUCGGCUCGUCGAGGACGAUUAUCGUCGUUGGCGCUUUUUUUAGAAACCUUCGAAGCAAACGACUUCUACAAUAGCUUUGAACAAUCCCUACUACGAUCGUGACAAAUUUUGACAAAUUUUUUUUUCACUUUUUUAAAUAUCAUAUCGGAUCCGUAUAACGUAGAUUCGAUUUGAAAUCAUUUUUUAUUCGAUAAUAGUUUACAAUUAUCGAGGGGAAAGAAGGGGAUCCUCGCGUGCGCGUCCGUAAUCCGCGAAAAUCAUUUUAACCGAUCGCUUUACAUCUUACCUACGUCAUCGCAUACAUUAUGGAAGGAAUUCCAUCGGAGGAGAGGGAAGAGAAUGCAGAGGGACGCACCUACGGCGAUAGCGGAGAAUCGAGAUAUCGAAAAAGUUUAAACGUUGAAAAAAGGGAGUUGGAAAUAAAAAAAGGACCAGGGAGGGUGGCGAGAUAAUAAAAAAGGGAGAGAGAGACGGAGAGCUGCUGGUAACCCAAACGUAGAAUAAGAAUAAUUCAAGACGGCGAGUACCGGUGCAACUACAACAGGUCGGCUUGUAUUGGUGGCCGAUACCGCGGACACCACCAAGCUGACCUCGCACAGAAUCAUCCAAGAGCAAAAAUUGACCGGUCGAGGGGGUGGCGGUGGUGGUGGUGGUGCUAGCACGAGCUCGAACGACGAGCUCGUUGAGUCUGCCAGAAGACUCGAAGGGAUAGCGAUGAAGCAGGAACCGGAAGACGAGGAGGAUUGUUACCUCGAGGACAAUGGAAUGCCUGCUGCGUCGCCUGCUUCCUCGCCACCCUCUGCUGCUAGCAGACACACUAGUACGACCCACAGGGUAAGAUCGCAUGCGCGCAGUCUCCGAGCGAUGGCCAAUCCCAGCGCAGUUUGGGCUCACUUCGACCUCUGUGCGAAUGACCCACUGCGUGCCCAGUGCCGUAUAUGCGGUGCCGUUGUUGUUAGGGGUGGCGCAAAUCCUCGACAAUGCGGCACCACCAAUCUCCAUCGGCAUCUCAGAGUACAUCAUGGUGGCAGACUCGUCGGCAGACGUUAUCACGUUUUACAGUCUAACACGCCUGCCUCGCAAUCUAACACGACCACCACUAAAACCAUCAGAAUAGCAACCCAAUCUUUCGUAAGACCACAUAUUAGGAAUAUUGCCCCAGCUCCAUCGCCACAACAACAACAGCAGCGACAACCAAAGACUCUUGUAUUAAAAACUAUACCAUUAAAGGUGAAGCAGGUUGCGCCAACGACGAUCAAGAUGCCACCGAGACAAACUCCGCAGGGCAUGCCACAAAAUAUUGUCCAUCAACAACCUACGGAGGUUUGUCUAAGGUGGAAUAGUUAUCACAGUAACAUGCAGAAUAGUUUCCCGUCCCUUCUGGAUUCGGAACAAUUCGUUGACGUAACUUUAGCUUGCGAAGGACGAUCUCUGAAAUGUCACAAGAUGAUAUUAUCCUCGUGUAGCGAUUAUCUAGCAGACUUGUUACGAGAAAAUCCUUGCCAGCAUCCUAUCAUCUUGAUGAAAGAUCUCAAAUUCUGGGAGGUUGAAGCGCUGGUUAAGUUCAUGUAUCGCGGUGAAGUUAACGUUGCUCACGACAAAUUACCUCAAUUAUUAAAUGCAGCCGAAGCUUUACAGGUUAAAGGAUUAGCAGCAGGUCCUAGUUCCUCCUCGCAGAACUCGAAACCACCGAUGCUUAUACCUCAAACAAAACCGUUAAUAUCUCAACCAGUAGUGCCACAAAUCGUACCAGAAACCAAAGAGAACAAGCCUUCCGCUUCUAGCGUUCCUCCUUCUUCUAGUCCCAAACGCGCGCAAAAAAGACAACAAUCGGAACCUCCUGAGCCACGGCCAUUCACAAAAAUUCGUUUACAAAGACCAAUCACACCAACGUCUCCACCUACGACAGUGAAAACUGAACCCUUGGAUAUACCUCUAAGUCCCACUGAAAUAUUUCCUGAAAGUAACGAGGAUAACUCUAAUCCAGUGAAUUUUGAAAAGCUUAUUAGUUUUCAUGAGGAAGACGAUCCAGGUGGUGAUGAUCUCAACGAUGAAAACAGAGAAAUUAAUUUCUGCGAGAUACCGGGUCCACCGGAUUUGAAUGAUUGCGAAGAUCAGAUGGAAUUUGUACCUACGGACUUUCUAGAACAAGAACAGGACAUCGUUGAAGAAUCGGAACCAGGUUGUAAUAAGGAUAGUAAAGACGAUUUAACCGAUCACAGUUCUGUUGAUGCUGGGGAAGGCGAUGACGAACGAGAUGGAGAAGAAGAAGAAGAAGAAGACCCAUGUUCGAAAGAGGACAAGACAGAGUAAAACGAUUUUAUCUACGAUUUUUUGCUAUCGUUAAGAUAUAAUCGAAUGACAAUUCGAUCGAAAGUGAAGAAAUAAAUAUGUUCGAAUAGCGUCAUUAAUUUUCUGCGAAUAUUAUUGUUAAUAUUGUUAUAAAGUUUACAGUAAGUCGAUCAUAAUAUUUUUCAUUUUUUAAAUUGACUUGACGUAUAAAGAAAUUUUUCUAUGAAGACAUGAUAUCGAAAAAUAUCAAUUUUUUUCUUUUUCUUUUUUUGACAUAACAUUUUCGUUAUGUAUGAGAAUGAAGAAAAUUUAUAUCGAUCAUUUGUUUUAGAAAAAUAUAUAAACCUGUUUUAUCAAUUAUCAUAUUUUCAAGAUCGAAGUGCAUUAUAAUAAUAUUUAACACGUUGCCGCAAAUGGCGAUUAUAGCCGUCUGAUUUUUGGCGAUAUGUAGGCAAAUGACUGCUAUAGCCGUCUUGCACAUCAAUUUCAUAUGGCAGUCAUAAACAAUUGAAAAAAAAUGUAUUUCUAAACACGAUCGUCAAAUUAAAAGUGUACGGCAACGUGUUAACGGAAAUAAUUUAUUGUCGGACUUGUUUCGAAUCUUGUAAUUGGAAUUUAUGCGUUUUUUGUGUGAUCUAGGCAUAAUCUAGAUAUUUUAAGAAUUAGAAGGAUAUGAUAAUAUUCCACUUGCUUCCAAGUUACAUAUUAAAUCAUUGUCUCGUUAAUGAACGAUAAAUCAAAGCUAUCGAUAGCGAAAACCGUUUGACGACUUUAAACGAUACGCCAAAGAAUCGAGCGUGAUAAUGUGAAACAUUUCGUUAAAUCAUAAAGCUUUCGCGCGAACUAAAUCAUUAUACUUUUCUGUUAUCAUUUAUUUUCAUUGUUAGCCCUUAUCGGUCGUAUAUUAACUCUAACGUGACUGUGUAAUUUUAGCACUCAUAUUUCAAGUGAAAGGUGACAAGACUGAACAUGUAAAAACCUCCUAAUUGCCAAGUGUACGCUUUUAUCCAAAAUAUUUGCUUUUAGAUUUAAACACUUAUGCGUUAAUCUCUAUCUAGGUGAUAUUAAAUAUUAUUUCUUGAAAGAUUUUGACUAUAGAAAUUCAUUUAUUUUUUUUUAAUUUUGUUUUUAAUUUUAAAAAGAGGGGGUUUAUUAACAAAUUUUUGGAUGUUCCAUAUCUGAAUCAAAAUCAGUGAGUGUGUUAAUAACAAUUCAAAAAGAAGUUUAGAUAAAGUUUAAACAAAAAUAAUGUAUUUUCAAUAAGAAAUAAUUUUAUUAAAACAUCAUUCGCAUAACCACCUAAUAAAACUCUCAUGUAACAAGUUAUAUACAAAACGCUAAUGUCCGAUAAGGGUAACGAAUAUUUUAUUUUUUAUAUUUAACUAAACAUAUACAUAGAACAGUCUAUAUAAUUAUUUAUUUUUGAAGAUAAGUUUUUUCGUUUUUGUUUGAUGCACAUCGAUAAAAACGACAUGCUUAGUAUUCGAUGGAAAUGCAUUUAAAUAUUAUAUAAAUUCGUCGAAAAUUUAUGUAUCUAAUUUCGGCGUUAACAUUAUAUUUGAAAAAGAAUCGAUGCAUUUAUACAAAUUAGAAAUAAAUUAAGGAUGCAUCCGAUUAUAUGUGAGUAGAUUGAUCGCAUGUCUAAAAAAUAUUUUAUAUUAUACCUUCGUUUGAAUCUUAGAUUCUAGAUUGUCGUACGCGUUUAUUUCACAUUUCGAAGAUCGUGCAUUACCUCUUAUUGUAAAAGUUCUAAUAAUUAAGCAAAGAAGAUUGAUUUCUUAUUCAAAAAUAAUACAGUAUACGUGUAAAAGAGCGGUAUCGCGCAAAUAUUCAAUCAAUCGCACGAUGUCGACUCUAUGAUUGGAAAGUAUAUGUACAUUGUAAUAUGUGAAAUAUUAUGUCUUAUAAAUAAACAGCUAUUACAACGUAUGGCGAAAUAA